CUGUUGGGCAGUAUAGUUAGGCGCCAAGGUAGGUGUGAUUAAUCGGCACACUUUUGGGUGGCAGCAUGUCCCAUUCACACACUUAUGUUCCUUCCAACAGUGUUAGUGGGACAUGGCAAAUGGGGGAUGUCAUCAAAUAUAUGUCGCUGAAAUUUUAUUGCAGUCGUCGGCUAUAUGGUUGGCUGUGGAGUGUGGGAACGUUUCGGUGUUAAAAAACCACGCAAUUAGGUCGGGAUGCGCAUAGUAUAAAUACAGACUCCUCAGACUCAUCACAAACUUAUUUAGAUUGGGUUGCUGGGCUGCUGUAGCCUACAUAUAGCUUUGUGUGAGAGCUCGUUGAAGGAUAUCCACUUUAAACGUCCCAAGUUGGAACGCCUGUUUCUAACGACCAUGGCUCCUUUUGCUGAAAGCAAUAGGCUUACUCCUGUUUACUCGUCCUGUUCAUCCAGUAAUAAGUUACGGAAGCUCGUUGUGGAGAAAAUUCGGAGAGACCGCAUCAACAGCAGCAUUGAGCUACUGGGAACACUUCUCCACAGAGGACAGAUGUGUGGACAGCAGCAGCAGCGCUUAUCCAAACUGGAGAAAGCGGAUAUUUUGGAGUUGGCCGUGAGUUUCUUACAGAAGGAGACCAAAGCGGGCGUUUCGCCCACCUACUCCCAGUGUCUGCAGGGUACCCUCCGCCACCUGUCCCUUCACGCGCCCCUGCAGGCUGCAGAACAACAGGAUAUCAAACGCUUUUACGUGCUCCAGAAAACAGCCCUGUCCAGGAGCAUGUCAAGUGAACAGCACGCGCAGUCUGCAGACAAGCGGUCAACAUCAAGGUCAUCAUCACGGCGGUUCCAAGGCUCUCUGUGGAGGCCAUGGCAAUAGCUUACUGACAACGAUCACUGCAUCACAAGACUAGGGAAGCGUACCUGAACAUUUUGGAUCAUAUUUGCUCCUCUCAACCCAACAAUCAAUGCUGUCGUUGAUUUGUCUUAUUUUCAGUAUAGGCUUUUUAUUGUCAGUUGUUCAACAUUUGCACAUAUCUUGUUUUGAUGUACCCAGGAAAUUGUCUACAGUGUAUGACGAACACUGCUUCAAAGCAGUUGUAUUAUUAUAGGGAGUAAGCUUCUGGAAUGAUUUUGCCUUUUGUAAAGGCGUUAUACUCUGUUUUGUUGUAUGAUGUUACUUCUCUUUCAAAUUCAGCAAUGAUUAUUUUCACAUCAUGUUGUAAUUGAUACCACUCCAUGUUGUAAUUGAUACCACUUCAUGUUGUAAUUGAUACCACUUCAUGUUGUAAUUGAUACCACUCCAUGUUGUAAUUGAUACCACUUCAUGUUGUAAUUGAUACCACUUCAUGUUGUAAUUGAUACCACUUCAUGUUGUAAUUGAUACCACUUCAUGUCGUAAUUGAUACCACUUCAUGUCGUAAUUGAUACCACUUCAUGUUGUAAUUGAUACCACUUCAUGUUGUAAUUGAUACCACUUCAUGUUGUAAUUGAUACCACUUCAUGUUGUAAUUGAUACCACUUCAUGUUGUAAUUGAUACCACUUCAUGUUGUAAUUGAUACCACUUCAUGUUGUAAUUGAUACCACUUCAUGUUGUAAUUGAUACCACUUCAUGUUGUAAUUGAUACCAUUCCAUGUUGUAAUUGAUACCACUUCAUGUUGUAAUUGAUACCACUUCAUGUUGUAAUUGAUACCACUUCAUGUUGUAAUUGAUACCACUUCAUGUUGUAAUUGAUACCACUUCAUGUUGUAAUUGAUACCACUUCAUGUUGUAAUUGAUACCAUUUCAUGUUGUAAUUGAUACCACUUCAUGUUGUAAUUGAUACCACUUCAUGUUGUAAUUGAUACCACUUCAUGUUGUAAUUGAUACCACUUCAUGUUGUAAUUGAUACCACUUUAUGUUGUAAUUGAUACCACUUCAUGUUGUAAUUGAUACCAUUUCAUGUUGUAAUUGAUACCACUUCAUGUUGUAAUUGAUACCACUUCAUGUUGUAAUUGAUACCACUUCAUGUUGUAAUUGAUACCACUUCAUGUUGUAAUUGAUACCACUUGUAAUUGUUACCACUUCAUGUUGUAAUUGAUACCACUUCAUGUUGUAAUUGAUACCACUUCAUGUUGUAAUUGAUACCACUUCAUGUUGUAAUUGAUACCACUUCAUGUUGUAAUUGAUACCACUUCAUGUUGUAAUUGAUACCACUUCAUGUUGUAAUUGAUACCACUUCAUGUUGUAAUUGAUACCAUUUCAUGUUGUAAUUGAUACCACUUCAUGUUGUAAUUGAUACCACUUCAUGUUGUAAUUGAUACCACUUCAUGUUGUAAUUGAUACCACUUCAUGUUGUAAUUGAUACCACUUCAUGUUGUAAUUGAUACCACUUCAUGUUGUAAUUGAUACCACUUAUUAAACA